AUCUCUGUCUUGCUAACCACCUUCACGAACCGAAAAGCAGUUUGCUGUACGUCUUCCAGAGUCACUCCUAACAUCGAACAAUCUAAGAAUAUAAUCGAUUCAUUCGCUUGGGUUUGCUGCCUUGCUGUGAUUUUUCAAGAAAGUUGAAACUAUGUCUGACACAUAUAAAACCAAUAGCCGCUGUCAGCCGAAAGUGUUACAUUUUCAGCGUGUUUGAAAACUGAAAAUAAAAAGGACACAGACUCACUGCGGACAGUGACUCCUCUAAACGACCGAUUCGGUUGUCGUCCUCUAACCAUCAACUCUAACUCUAAUUUGUAGAUCCAGUGUGUGAAAAAUUCCGUCAUACUAGAGCUCCGUUGUGAGCGUUUCAAUUGGACGAAUGGAUAACCCGCGCGCGCACUGAGCGCGGCUGCCAUCAGGGCAUGCAUUAAACUGAUUCAAAUGCCACAUUGAGAGAGAAGACCGCAGACCACUACUUAAGAUAGCAGUUUGUUCAGCUCAGUUUUUUGAAACAUGGAUGCCACGAUUUUUCAAAUCUUCAUUGGGGAGUUUGGUGAUCCCAACUGUAGUCUCAUGGACGCUUUUCAGGACACCCUUUAUGAGAAUGUAUCUUUCUCCUUAAUGAAUUUUGAUGGUCUUUAUUGUAAUGCCACAACCGAUGAGAUAGGAACUUGCUGGCCAAGGAGCAACUCGGGUCGAAUUGUGGAGCGACCAUGUCCGGAGUACAUCAACGGGGUGAAAUACAACACAACAAGAAGUGCAUACAGGGAAUGCAUGGAGAAUGGAACCUGGGCUUUCAGAAGUAAUUAUUCAAAUUGCGAGCCGAUUUUGGAAGAGAAGAGAAAGUAUCCCAUGCACUACAAGAUUGCUUUAAUCAUUAACUACCUUGGUCAUUGUAUAUCUGUGGGAGCUUUAGUCGUGGCCUUCAUACUGUUCCUCUGCUUAAGGAGUAUUAGAUGCCUUCGCAACAUAAUCCACUGGAAUCUAAUCACCACCUUCAUAUUAAGGAAUGUUAUGUGGUUUCUGCUCCAGCUGAUUGAUCAUAAUAUUCAUGAAAGCAAUGAGCCAUGGUGCCGUCUUAUAACAACAAUCUAUAACUACUUUGUGGUGACCAACUUCUUCUGGAUGUUUGUUGAAGGCUGUUACCUCCACACUGCAAUAGUGAUGACUUACUCCACAGAUAAGCUCAAGAAGUGGGUGUUCCUGUUUAUUGGCUGGUGUAUUCCAUGUCCAAUAAUUGUGGCGUGGGCCAUAGGAAAGCUGUACAAUGAAAAUGAACAAUGCUGGUUUGGGAAGGAACCUGGAAAAUACAUAGACUAUAUUUAUCAAGGGCCUGUGAUCCUUGUUCUACUGAUCAAUUUUGUAUUCCUUUUCAACAUUGUGAGAAUUCUCAUGACCAAACUGAGAGCUUCCACUACAUCUGAAACUAUACAGUACAGGAAAGCUGUGAAGGCCACCCUAGUUCUCCUGCCCUUACUUGGAAUCACUUAUAUGUUGUUCUUUGUGAACCCGGGUGAAGAUGACAUUUCCCAAAUAGUGUUUAUUUAUUUCAAUUCAUUUUUACAGUCAUUUCAGGGCUUCUUUGUGUCAGUAUUUUACUGCUUCCUUAAUGGAGAGGUUCGCUCGGCUGCCAGGAAAAGGUGGCACCGCUGGCAAGACAACCACCAGUUGCGUGUGCGGGUGGCACGUGCCAUGUCCAUCCCCACUUCCCCUACGCGCAUGAGCUUCCACAGUAUUAAGCAGACCACUGCGGUGUGACCUCUGCGGGCCCCGGCCGGCUGUCUCUUUUCAUGCAGAUUUGCUGUAAGCGAUUACACCAACCGUGAGUGAGUGAGAGACCGGCUGAAAGUGUCCAUGCCAGCAGUCCAUACUGCAGAUUGGUUGGGAAAUGCCACUGUACUGUGUGUAUGCAUCUGAGGCUGUGAGAUUAAGAAUGAACUGAACAUUAAGGACUAGGAAUCACACACUGGUCUUUUUAUCCUACGGUUGUCUGUGUCUCUGUGUGCUAUUUCAUACCGUCCAAUCCAGCAUAGUUCCUGCUGCAGCAUAUAGUUUUGAGAAAAAAAGCAGCUGGAAGUCAAUACACAUUUGAUUUCGCAACAGACCCGCCACCCUUCAUCAGAUAAAUGUUGGUAUUACGAUAUUUAUCCAUUUUCUGCUGUUUUUCACUCACAAAUAGCUUCAACAGAAAGCUAAGGAAAUUUUACGAAAGCUGUUUGCCUUAUUGAGGAUUAUCUUGUCAGUGUAUAAUGCUCCAUUGUCAGAUUAAUAUUACAUCCCAUGUCCUGAUCUCGUAAGGACAAUACUGAUACCGUAAGAUAUUGAAGCUACAGCGGGUUGGCUUUGCACACUGACUGAGAAUUAAUGCGGGGAGAAAACAAUGUGUCUGGCCUAUUCAUAUGCUCUAUCAUCAGCAACUAAAAUGCCAGUCUGUACAAACGGAAAGCCUUCACAGAGACAGAUCCUUGGCACCUCUGUAGUGAUAUAAUAUUGAGCCGAAAAAUAUUGCGAUACUACAGUGAAUCGAUUUCGUCUCCGUUAGUUCACCUCUAGUUCAUGUGCACAUUGAAAGCAGGUGGUGGUGGAGUGGUGUGACGGAUAGCCAAGUCCAGGGAAAUAUAGCAAGAAACUGCCAACGUCACCUGCAGCAGCUUUUAGAUGUCCUAAACUUUUAACAGCUGCCUUUUAUAUCACUUUUUUGUCCUCAUUGUCAAAACUGUGGCAGGGUUACAUAAGCCCAGUGGCGGGGAGUUCAUGGAAAGUGUUACCUGAGUUCUGUGCUGCCUGUCUCAUUUGAUGUUCCACUUUGUUGUCAAAGCCCCAGGGCAAGAUGGACGUGGAUAACUGAUUUCCCUCUGUGUGAAUCAGGCUCCCCUUGGUUUCUAUUAUUUCCAUUAUUCUGGACAAACGUUUCUUGGGAUCUGAUUGGACAGCCCAGGCCGCAUCCUCCACAAACCAGUUUUGUUUUUUAAGUCGUCUUUGAUAUCGAAGAGGGACAGAGUAGAUUAAAGGCUUUUCAGUUUUCGAAUCCAUCAGUUCCGACUUUAAUCAGUGGCAAGUUAAGCUCUGUGAUUCAGGAGAGACAUCUUUAUGCAAGUGAUCUCUGGUAUUAAGGAAGGCCCUUGUCCUCAGCAGGGCAGAGUGCCCUUUUGCAGACAUUAGAAUUCCAUUGCAAGUGAAAUGUUUUAGUAGUGAGCUCAUCAGUACAAUAGGACAUUACUUUAAGUGUUUGUUGCAAAAUAUUAAAAAAUGGCAUGAUUUCAGUUGUAAGUUAUAUACAAUACAAGAAGCAACACCAAUUUUCACUAUCGUAUUUCCCAAAGAAAAUGGAUAUAUGGAUCACCCUUUCUUUGAUUUAGCUGUUGUGUGGCAUGUCUAGUUGACAUGUUUUUCUUUUUUCAUUUCAUUGCUUUCAUAUUUGUAUGCCACUCACGUUUAAAAGAUUUUGUCAUGUACAAUGUUGACAUUGUUUUCUGAUUGUUGGCCAUGGACUGCUAUGAUACAACACAUUCAACCAACUACAUACAGUAAAUGGUGCAACUCGUUUAAGCUUUUAAUUGAUGAAUGAACUAGCAACUAGUUGUAUUCAUUGUGUUGUCAUACUGUUUAGUGUCUGUAGCUUUAUUUCUUCUUACAAUUCAGCAUUUUAAAGGAAAGAAAUAUAGACAUCAGAACAAAGCAUACUUGGAGUUUGUCCAAGCAAGUCUAAUGACCCUUCAGUUAGUGUAUUUAGCCUCCGCAGUGCUUUCAUAGGAAAUGUAUGUUUUGGUCCUAUUCAUGUUGAUAUUCUAGGUGGAGAUUUAGCCAAAAUUUGUCAACAGCCAAACAUGACAGUUUUGUAGACAUUGCCCUUUUUUGUCUAAAUGGUGUAGUCAUGGCACUAUAUUGCGUCAUUACUCCUGGAAUUAUUCAGUGAGUCAUAGAUCAUUUAUUUUAAUUUAAUUUAAUUGGAUUGGAUUUGUUUUUGUAUACCAUUUGUCUUGGGUCUUUGACAUGGUAUGUUUACAUUGUUUAUGAACAUAAACGUUCUUCUUAAUUAUUGUUAAACCAAUGUUUCAUUUCCUCAAAACCUGUUAUUUAAUAUAUUGCAAGUGCAUUCAUUGCAAACUUAGACACCACAGAAUGUUCCCAAUUAUAAACACAAGUACUGUUUUACCUGCAGUGGGCUGCUUUGUGGCUGAAUGGAUUGACUACAUCCCUCCGCCCAUAGGUCCAUUCACACGUACGUUGCCAGUAGGAAAAUAGGUACUGUAGGUUGUACAUAUGUAAUGAUAACUCUCUGGUUUUACAUUAAAAAUGAAAUACUGUGAAGUGAAUUGUGAAGUCUCUUUGAUUUAUCAAACGAAAGAGAUUUGGGGUAUGGGAAUCUCCAAUAUCAGAAUUGUUUAUUUUUUUCAUUUUUUUCUUAACUCAGAUCACUAUUACUGUACAUAAAUACACUUGUAUUGCUCCUUAUAGAUACUGAAUAAUUAACUAUUCAGCCUAUUUGGUUUGUCUAGAUCCUGCAGGUGCCUGAGGAUGCUCAACACAACAUCAUUAGACAGGUGAAUAAAGCUGACAACAUUGACCCACGUGACAUUAACUUUAACAGAAAGAAAAGUCUGAAAACACAGCAAGAUUGAAGAUAGUUCAAUGCAAUGCAAGUUACUCCACAACAGCCACCACCCAGCACUUAUAUUCUCAAACCUUUUUUUCUGCUUUAAUGCUAUUGUGUUGGGCAGCCUUAGGUCACCAUUCAGUCCCAGCUGAAGACUAAUUGGACCAAAGAUGUUCAGUAUACCAGAAUAUAUUGGAUUUUGUAUUUGUAUUGUGUUGUACACUUUGAGAGUUCCAUGUUCUUUUUAUGGUACCACACAGUGAUACUUAACUAUCUGUGUCUCGGUCGUUUUUCUGAGAUGAAAGUAUGUGCAAUGUUAAUAUUUGUCAGUGAGUAGAUGUGUGUAAAACUGCCAUUGAUGCCUUAAGUACGACAGUGUAAAUAGAAUGUUUGUUAAUAGUGUAUUCCAGUGAUUGUGUUGCAUUUCUACAAGGAUGUAAGUUAACAUCAACAUUUAACUAAAUAAAUAAAUUAUGGUCAACGA